GCAGGUUGCAGCACCAUGUCUCCCCCCCAAAAAACAAAGUCAGGGUAUCAAAAAAGGAAAGAAAGAAAAGAGAAUCAAAGGAAGCAAGCUGAGGGAAAACAACUUUUAAAAGAAAGAUCAGAUCACUUGGUGAGACGAGCAGGUGCACUUCAUCAGAGAGAGGAACAUCUACAAAUCAACGCAGCAUCAAUGGUAAUGCCAAACGCUUCGGUCACCACCUAUGGACUCCCGGACGAGUUCCGCCUCGGGAACGGCGGCUCCAUGUCGGACGAGAUGGCCCGAGCGCAGCGCGUGCAGCAGCAGGUCAAGAUGAGGAUGUCGCAACAGAAGGGCACACUUCCGCGUCAGAAUGGACAGUACGCCAUGUCAGAUUAUGGCGGCUCUUCAACAAUGAAAUACAGCACAUAUCACCCAAGCUACAGCUCUAAAUCCUUUAUGUACUCUGGCUCCAAAACACUGGGUCCACGCGCAUCCCAGAGGUCGGGCUUCAGCUGCCAGUCUGCUGGCCCAGACCUGGCCCAGUUGCACAGGAUGAGUGCUGCUGGUGGUGGUGGUGGAGGCAGUUUUUACAGAGAAGACUUCCGCAGCUACCAUGGGGGCGCCAGGCCACAGAGCCACAUUGAGCACGACCUCUCCGUGGGUGCAGUGCGGCAGCACACAGCACUGAUGAACCCCUGGGCGACGGAUGGCAGCGAUGCUUGCAGCAUGGUCUCUGAACGUGACGCCACCUUAAACCGCCAGUAUGCUCACAGUGCAAUCAACGGCUACACCAGCCACCAGGUGAGGCAAGGAGAAGGCACCAUGUCCUUUAUGUCACCGAUGCGCAGAUCUCUUAGUGGCACGCUUACCCGCGGCGGAGGCAUGUCAGGAGGAGAGGUGGAGGUCAUCCAGCAGCACCAUGCUUUCAAAGGCCCGGCUCAGCGCACCAUCAACAGGAUUGCAAGCCGAAACAAAAGCAUUGUGCAGCAGCCGGGGAGCAUCUAUGGUAUAGGGAUGGACAAAGUGGACAGAGGGUUCAUCACAUCCGGAGUUUCCUCUGACCUAAUGCGUCAGAACACUCUGUCCCGUGCCAUGUCCAUGAAAAGCGUACAGAGUGUGGGCCGGGGCAUGGACGUCUCCCAGGGGCAGAUGGAGUUGGGCAUCCUCAAAGGGUUCCCCGCCUUAGACAUGCCCACAGCAGUGCAAAACCUGAGAGAGUCCGAUCAUGAUCUGCAGGCCCUGGGUGCCGCCUACAUUCAACAUCAGUGUUACCACGACAGCGACUCCAAAAACCAGGUGCGUGAAUUGGGUGGCAUUACUGAUCUGGUAAAGCUGUUCAACUGCGAGAACCAGGAAGUGCAGUGUUACGCCACUGGUGCCACGCGCAACCUCAUCUAUGAGAACAUGGACAACAAGGUGGCUCUAAUCAGAGAGGGCGGCAUCCCACAGCUGGUCGAGGCCCUUAAGGAGGACGACGACGAACUCCAAAAGAACAUCACCGGUAUCCUGUGGAACCUUUCCUCCAAAGACAACCUGAAGGAGAAGCUGGCCAGGGAGACGCUUCCUGAUCUGACUGAGAGGAUCCUCAUCCCUAUGACCGGCGGCGGGGAAACUGAGGGCAUCCUGCAGUCGGCCUCCGAGGCAGAAAUCUUCUACAACACCACAGGAUGCCUCAGGAAUAUGAGCUCUGUGAACGAGGACACCCGGCAGCUGAUGAGGGGGACACACGGACUGGUGGACUCUUUGGUUGGAUACAUUAAAGCUUCCCUUGAGGACAACAAGAACGAAGACAAGGGGGUUGAAAAUGCGAUGUGUGUCUUGAGGAACCUCUCCUACCAGCUCUACAGUGAGAUGCCUCCAUCUGCCAUGAUGCGCCUGGAGGGACCAACCAGAGAUCAGGACUCAGGAAAGGGCGACGCCAUUGGCUGCUUCACACCACAGAGCAGGAAAGCCAAAAAUACCAUCAACCAGGACCUCUCCACUUUCACGGAGGUCGCUCGGGUGCCAAAGGGCGUAGAGUGGCUUUGGCACCCACAGAUAGUGGGGGUGUACGGCCGAGUUCUGCGUCAGUGUGAGAUCAACUCCACCACCCGCGAGGCAGCUGCAGGAGCGCUGCAGAACAUCACAGCCGGAGACAAGAGAUGGGCGUCAGUGCUGAGCCGGGUGGCUCUGGAGCAGGAGCGCCUGCUGCCAGUGGUGAUGGACCUCCUGCGUACCAACAAAGACCUGGAGCUACGUUCUCUUACAGGCCUCCUCCGCAAUAUGUCCCGCCAUGCCAGGGAUAAGAAUGAUAUGUCCACAAAGGUGGUGAACAGCCUGUUGACCAAACUGCCUGACAAUGGACACCAGAAGGAGCCGUCCAGCGACGUGGUGGUCAACAUCUGUGGUGUUCUCAACAACCUGGUGACCAGCAGCCAAGUCGCCGCCAGAGACAUCACCUUUUUUGAUGGCCUGCCAAAACUGGUCGGCAUCAAGAGCUCACAUGACAACAGCUCUGGGAAGACUAAAGCAGCCAAAGCAGCAGCCACUGUUCUCAGCAACAUGUUCCAGUACAAGAAACUGCACAGAGACUACAAAGCGAAAGGGUUUACGAGACCGGAUUUUGCAGAUAUGAUGAUGUAAAACAAAAGUGCCCAGGCCUGAACAACACCGGCCCCUCUGAGGAGUAAACAGACUGUUUAUAUUAUUCAGAAAUAAAGUCGGUUCAGUUUUUAUCUGCCAUACUUUGUGAGGAGAACACAGACACACAAGUGAUGGAGGAUCUACUCGAUGGCAAAGGACUUCCUGUGUAUUUUUAAAACUCAACGGACAGUUCAAGUGGUGUAGAUCCGGUAUGGUGGAUUAUUGAUGGACUCUUGCAAAUGUGUGCACCUUAAAUAUUUACUCUCUUUGUUUGAACACUGUAUGUCUUAGCAUGGAAUCAGGGAUUUCUUUUCUGUCAGAGCAACAUGUAUUCAGAUGAAACUGUGUCUCUAUCUGGAGACAUUUCACAACUGUUAAAGGACAAUGUGGUGGCCACUUGUGCCUUAUCUUCAGUCACAGCGUGAAUGCACGCAACUGUGGCACUGACAUAUUUUUGUAAAUAAUGCUGCUUUUACACAAAAAUCAAAUGUUUUAUAUACUGUAUACUACUUAAUGUUUGUAGUUGUUGGAUGGACGGACGGAUGGAUGAAUAAGUGUUUAUAAAUGAAUUACAAUUAUAACUCACAGUUAUAAUUGAAUGUAAACCACAGAAGAUUUAAAGAAAUUUGGACUUUUAUUAGAUUUAGAGAUCUAGGGAUUAUAAUUGCGCCUCCAGUGAUGACUUUUGUAUUUAGUUAUGUGCUUUUUUUACACUUGCAAAAUCUCAGUCUUGCCAUAUAAAGUCCUGAUGUGUGACGUUUGUAAAAGCUACAUCAAACACGAAGUUCUAUUAUAUGUAUGUUUAUUUUUCCAUUAUACCUUCUGUUUGCCUAUUUUAAUAAGCUGUGUGAGUGUGAAACAAAAGGGAGAAAAGGAUACAGUCUUAAGUUUGGUUGUAGAACAAUAGGUUUUCGUAGGUUCACUUCACAUUUUGACCCAUUGAAUCUCAUUUAGAUCGCAAAAAAAAACAACUUGUAAUCCUACUUUUGUAAGAAUUCAUACCAAAAGUACAAAAAUUUAGAUUAAAUCUUUGAAUUAUUCCUGCAUUGAGGCGUAAAUGGUAAACUUGUGUUUCUGAGUGGCUUUUUAAUGUGUUGUGUACAGGCAGAUGUAUCAUGGAUAUUUUUCAGCAAAUAAAGACACAAAUAUGGAAAUGAA